AUGCCAAUAAAGUUUGCCAUUAUUUUCACCCGUGCUAGUGCCAUUUCUUUGUGGUCCGAGAUGAACAAGUCAGCCCCAGAAGAGAGACCAAACCCUCCCAACUCACAAGCACCACAGUUUGAGGGUCAGUCACUGAAGUUCACUUACCCGAGGCCAACGCCCUCCCGGGGCACUUGUGGGCCUCCUGGCUUUCUUACCCACUGCAGUUUGCCAUGGGUUGACUCCCGUGGGCGUGGGUGUGUGGCCUCGCACUCACGGAUGGGGAAAGAGGUUCAGAGAGACUGUGAGAUAUCCUGUGAACGAGCACAGAGACAGGCUGUGAACCCAGGGCUUGUCUCUGUUCUUAUGUUGACCAGACACACCACCACUGCCCCCCAGUUCUGGCACCACACCUUGGGUGUAGAACCUUCCUUGUUGAAAGUGGAUGUGAGAGUUGGACUAUAA